UCCCCGGGCGUCUUUAAAUUUUUAGCUCUAAGCUCAUCAUAACGAUCUCUGUAUUUUUUUUUACUUCCGCGGACUGAUUCAUUGUAGCCACGGUCUAGGCUCAAUGCACGACCGUCAACUGUCUUUCAGCUCCGUAUCGACGUCCGCUCUCUUACUUACAUCCGCUUCAGCCCAUGAUAUCGCUCAGCCCGCACGCCUAGGGUCGCUUACAGACUCAAGUGAUCCUUCCGAGAAGAGACCUGAUUCCCAAUCAUCAGGCAUGACCGUCCGCAGGAUCAGCGCGUCCGUUCGCGCCAAUGUUGGGGAUGAUGAUGUCUUUACGACCCAGCACCAUACCCGUACCCUUCGUCGCCGCUCAAGUCGCCUGUCAAAAUGGCUGGAGGAGUUACAGGUUGAUUCCUCCACCGUCCAGCAGCCGGAAACUUCUGCUGAUGUGGAAGCUGUUGGAACUGAGUGUAAUCCUUACUUGGCGUAUCCUCACCUCAGCCUGGCAACUGUUCGCAGAAGCAUGGAUGAUGCUACCAGCAUGCACGAUUAUGUCGUAGUCAAUGACGGCGACGUGCAAGAAUAUAUUCCUCCUGAGGAGCCCGUGGAUGUAAUGGGAUCACACGUCCCAUCAGCGCUUGCAGAUACUGCUAGUACAAGUCACCGAUCAACCAUAUGGCUUAAUACCCCCCCAUCUCGACAUCAGUUUCGUCUAUUGGUUAGAUCUCCUUCACCCGCCGCAUCCUCAGCAUCUCGCAGUCCAUCACGCCUAUCAAUGUUUCAACGCUCCUCACGUGCCACUUCCAACUCGGAGGCGAGCAAUCCUCAAGACCACAGUCGCUCCUCUAGCCUUCACACGUCACAUCCUGUGGCUGAUGCUCGAUCAGAGGAACGUUGUACACAUUCGAGCCCCUCAUCGUGGCGGUGGCGACCGAGUGUACUGGGGCAUUUCGUGUCCCUCUCAGACGGUGAUACACGUUCAAGUACCCGUGACUCCCCAGGUAGUUCUUCCCGCCCCAGCAUGUCCUCAACCACCACAAGUUCCUCGUACGCAACUCCAUCCACCAAUGUCAUAUCUGAGGAUGGAGCAUCGCAUAUACCCCCUUCAAUGCCCCAGAAGUCACACUUCUUUGGAUCUUUGAGGUCGCGUUCCCAGAAGGCUGUGAACUCUUCACUGUCGCUUUUCGCUACCGAUACAAGUUCCUCAUUUCCGACAUCAUUCUCUUUACCAGCAUCUGAACCGCAGCUCUCCCAGCCGCCAGGUUUUCCAAGCUCCUUGGCACGGAAGUCAAGUACAAUUCGGUUACCCUUCUCGCCAAAGUCGAAGGCCCUGGAUAGUAACGUUCCCAAUAUUUUUGUGGAAGCGCCAGCCGCUACGCGACCGCGCAUCGUGUACACCGGCAAAAGCCACGCUCCGAGAGUCUCUUUGUCCUCCAUAGCUGGCCAGUCACGAAGUACCAAGAAGAAGUUAGUCAUCGGUGGUAUCGCGCCGAAUGACGUCAAACGUCUUGAGGCGGUUCAAGAUUGGUGUCAGUCAUUUGGCGAAGUGGAUCAAAUCACGAGGAUGCCUAAUGGCGAUCUCCAUGUGAACUUCCACAAGGCUGAAGUUGCAGAUACUGUGUGUCGUGUGCGUGCCAAAGUCUACAUCGCGCGUGUAGGCAGCGUACAUCUUUCUUGGUAUUCCGGAAAUAAACGACCUUAAGAUCCGUCACCGCCCUCAAACCAUUAUCGUCUGUUUGUAAAAGUGUACAACGCUGGAAUUACGUUCUACACCCGCAUAAUUUGAC